AGAACAAGCAUACAACUAAUACUCGCGAUUGCUUGCCAUGCACCAUGACCAACCAGGUGCUCCUUGAUCCGUCGAAUUCAAGUGAUGAAGAUUGUUGUCCUGAUGAAUCGCUGUUCGCCAUUUACCACUCUCGCGCGGCUGCCACACGAAAUUUUAUAGGCGCCCUGCCCAUCGAGCUCUUGCUGGCAAUAUUCACACAUCUUUAUCGGUCAUCUCGUCGUCUCACUCAAACUGGUGAGAUAUGGAGAUUAGAUGACCCUCUGUCAUCGUUGUUCCCCUACGCCCCGGCCGCAGUAUGUUCGAUGUGGUGUUCGGCGUUGUCGUGUGUUCCAGAGUUCUGGACUCGUGUGGUCAUCAGAGUUGACUCUCAACAUACACAAAGUCGAGAUGUUCGACGUUAUUUCGAGUGGUCAAGGAAUCUUCAUCUGGAUGUUAUUAUCACCAGACAUCACGAUGAAUUUGAUGGAGAUGACAAGAGGGAGGGGUCAAAAGUCUUCAAGGCAACCCGCGAACUCGUUAGGCAUAUUGAGCGAUGUAGAAGCAUCCGCUUCAACGUGAUGUAUAGCUCAUCAUUGCCGUCCAUACUCCACGACUUUCAUCAGGAAGCGGCUCCUCACCUGCAUACCUUGAAGCUCAAAUGUAAGGUUGACGAUGGCGGAUCCCCGCAUCGGAAGCUUGUGCAUUGGAGGUUUGAUGCACCCGGCCUUCGCCAUCUCUAUCUAGAUGCCCGAAAUUUUUUCGACGUCUGUGUAGACCGUAACAACUGGCUCAGGCGCCUACCCAACUUAAACUCACUUUCAGUCUCUCGCUAUCGUCACCUUUCAGAGAAGGGCAUUGAUUUAUACAAGCUGUUGAGGGCAGUAGAGGAAUCCCCUUCCCUCGCAUACUUGGAGCUCAAGGACUUGCACUUCUCUCGCCUGCGUCCUUGGACCACGGUGAAUGAUAUUAGUAUUGACCUGAUAUCUAUGAAUUUGGAGGACCUAUCAGGAGAGGCGUUCUCGGAAAUCAUCGGUUAUGUCGAUAGCGCCCCAGAUGCAACUCGCAUUUCUCGUUGCGCUAUUACUACUUGCCACCACUCGCUAAUCUCUGGUGGUGUCGCCUUUCAUGAUCUCUCGGCCGACCAGGAUUUGAUGAUUCCUCUUGCCCAUUGGCGCGGACGCACACUCUCACUUGUCAAUUGUGCAUGCUUCCAUGAUGAUUUCCUGCGAGACAUGAUAGACGAGUUAUACCUUAUCAACUGCACGAAGUUUUCCCCAAGGCUGCUCAAGACUAUGGUGCUAAAGCGGAGGAAGCUAGCACGCAGAUCCAUUUUCUGGAGACACGAUCAAGAAACGCUUGAUUGGACAUUCCCAAUCGUGGCACCCAUCACUUUGAUAUCAGUCGAAGGUGGACCAGUGUUAUCCAAGAAGGACAGGGAGUGGUUUGAUAAGAACCUUGGGUCGUUUCACUGGGAUGAGCAAGUGCUGCACAGUCCAUUCGAGGAUUCUGACGAUAGCGACCAUGACAUUCGCGGCGGAGAGUAGCUUGAAUGACCGUACUAAAUCAACCCAUUAAGUAUAUAGCUAUAGUGCUUGAGAAUGAGUACAGGUGAUAAUUUAUUCUCGCAACGAGACAGUUUUGAAUGACGAAUGGGAACUACUGAAUUAGUACUUAAGUUACAGUGUUCGCGCUUACUUGUUCAAAGUUUCACA